GUAGUCAUCUGUGCUCGUUUAUUGACGCCAUUAUUGCUUUGCUGUCAAACGGUUGAAAUAUCCAAUAAAAUUUGAGCUUUUUAAAAUUAACAGGAAGUCGUCUUCUCCUAACAGACAACGAGUGAAACCUAAUUUCGAUUUCACGGUAUAUUAUGGCUCAAAAUAUUAACCCCCAUUACGCGUCUUCGUCAAAUCCCGCCAAACAGAAUGAGGACACAAUCAAAUUACAGGACAACCACGCUGUCAGCAAACGAUUGCAAAAGGAGCUUAUGGAGUUGAUGCGAUGUGCAGACAAAGGAAUAUCAGCGUUUCCUGAAAGUGAAAAUCUUUUUAAAUGGAUCGGGACAAUCAACGGCCCACUGGACACGGUUUACACGGGGCACAAGUACAAACUGUCCCUCGAAUUUCCUAAUUCAUAUCCCUACGCACCCCCUGUAGUGAAAUUCUUGACACCAUGCUUUCACCCAAACGUAGAUGGAUGUGGUUCAAUAUGUCUCGACAUAUUAAAAGAUAAGUGGACGGCUUUGUAUGACGUUCGUACAAUUUUAUUAUCGAUACAGAGUCUGUUAGCUGAGCCCAACACGCAGAGCCCUUUAAACCAGCAAGCAUCAUAUCUAUGGAACAACCAACCAGCCUAUAAAAAGUAUUUAGAUGAAUUUUACAAUAAGCAUAAAGACUCAUAGUUUAGUGACGUUUGUCUAAAUAAUGUUGAUUUCAUUCGAGUUGUUAAUGUGACGACUGGAUGGUAGUGGGCUUGAUUCUUUAUUUCGUUUCAUAUGUUAUAGUAUAAAAAUUCUAUGUUGACAGAGCACUAAAAAGAUUGUUUAUAUAAAAAUCUAAUUGUUUUCUGUAUAAUUUCCUUUGCUUACUGUAAACUUUUCUUGGAUGCAAGCCCGCCACCUGAUUUCGUAAAAUGGGAUAUGUAUAUUGAGAGAUCGCUGACAAAUAUAAUCAUUUAGUUCAAUUCCAUAAUUUGUUUUCUUUUAAUGUUUCGUAAAUACCUUAUAUAAUACAUAAAGAACAAUUAAAUACAAUAUUAAAUUAUUAUGAUAGUCUACUUUUUAAAAUUGAAGCUUUCAAAUAUUUAAUUAUGUAAGAUUUUACUCGAUAUUUGCUUCUAAGUAUAUUUAUUUCUUUUAAUGUAAUUAACAUAUAUUUACUGGAAAAAAAAAUAUAUAAUUCUCAAGUGAAUAUUCUACUAAAUUAUUAUUAUUUAUCUGUAUUUUUUGUGAUAUAGUUUUUUAGGAAUAAUUCUCCAAUAUGUCAAGUUUUCUCGUCAGCAAUAACAAAAUAUGAAAACAAAGAUAAUGAUACUUUCAUCAAUCUUUGGUCAAAUUAUUAUCAUUAGGACUCCUUGCGGUGAAAUAAUGCACUGGACCGAGUUAACCUUUAUUUUGAUGUUGAUGGUUUAAUGUUAUCAAUUUUAUUAAAAGUGCUCAAAAUAAA